UAUCUGAGGCAGAUAUAAUAAAAUUAAAAUAUUGCCCUUGCUCUAGCUGGAGCAGCCUUGAGUCUUGUCUUCCUCCAUGCCAGAGGUCAGAGCAUGGCUCACUGGUGCCUGGCAGCAUGAGGGUUGCUCAGCCAGAGGACAUGGUGUCUGCAACCCCUACUGAGGGGCACAGGCUGGCUUGGCCACUAACAGAUGGACCUGGCAAGAGCCCACUAGGGGUCCUCAGUACCCCAGAGCCACUUCUUCGACUGCAGAGGACACAGAGGGUGUGGCAGGUCCCAGAGUUGGAUGCUCAGCAUGCCAAGGCUUUUCUGAAGCUGUGGCCACUGGGGAGUUUCCUGGUCAUAGGACACGAUCCUAGGCAGGUCCUGAUGCUGAAGACAGGGCCUUCAUCAGGAGACGUCAACACCUAUCAAAUUCACAAGCUGUCUGGAGGUGUGUCCCUGGAGUCCUCCAACCUCUGCAUGCCAGACUGUCCCCAUCUCUUGGCCUUCCUAUCAGCCAGCAGGGAUGUUUUGCCAAGGACACUGCUCUUGCCCACUCCAGCUGUAGGGCCUGGGGACAAGGACACAGAUCCUCUGCGACUUGGCUGCAUCCAGGUCAGCACCUCAGGGAGGGUGCUGUCUGUAGUGAACCAGCUCUACCUGGAGACGCAUGGAGGCUGGGGCACAGAGCAGACUCCGCAGCAGACAGAGCCAGAGACUGACCAGAAAUACAGUCUAGCCCCUAGGAAGCCCACCCCACAUCGCGUCUCCUGGGUGGAAGAGCCACUGAAACCGGAAGUGCAUCAUCCUGGACCAGACGUUCAUCACCUGGAACCCGAAGUGUCCCUUCCUGGAGCAGAUGUACACUCGCCUAGGCCUGCUCUAGACAGUGUGGUGGAAGAGAAGGAGGAAGUGAGCUGUAAAGAUGAAGAGGAAGGUCGCGAGGACCUGCUCACUGCCCACAUCAGCGCUCUGGCCAGGGCCCGGAGCAGCUAUGUAGCCAAACAGUACCGAUACCUUCGGGCACGCCUCACAUCAAAUUCUGGAAAUCCUUACAGGCCUGGGGAUCCGGCCACGGAGCUGCUUCAGGAUGUGCGCCAGCUUCUCAAUGAUCUCCAGAAUUACCUGGCAAAGGAUCCCGACGUCAGAGCUGUCUUUGGGAACAGGGAACCUAGGGUCCCUGGAGACGAGGAUCUUGGCCCCGCUGUGGAAGUAGCCCUGUGUCGGGCGGUUCUGGAGCCCCUGAAGCCGGCCCUGUGGACCAAACUCCGAACUCUCAGAGCCCAGGAAUUGCGGCUACUGCGCCGGCGCCAAACAGCCUUGAGGGCAGGGGCGGGGCCCGAGGGACAGAGCCCUGUUCCAGCCUUGCGGAGCCAGAUCCAUGCGCGCCUCGCGCAUCUGCACGCCGCAUGCGCCCCGCGCCGCAAGGUGGCACUGCUGCUGGCGGUGUGCAACGACGUCUACGCGGGCCUGGCCGGAGGCGAGAAUCAAGAGCCCCUAGGGGCCGACGCCUUUUUGCCAGCCCUGACCGAGGAGCUGAUCUGGAGUCCACACAUAGGGGAGACGCAGCUGGAUGUGGAGUUUCUUAUGGAGCUCUUGGAUCCAGAGGAACUGCGGGGAGAAGCUGGCUAUUAUCUUACUACGUGGUUUGGGGCUCUCUAUCACAUUGCUCACUACCAGCCCGACGCUGGCCGUGCACCCCAGGAUCUCAGCUCCGAGGCCCGAGCCUCCCUGCGCCAGUGGCACCGCAGGCGGACACUGCACCAGCAAGCCCAGCCCACAGCCCAGGCUGGCCUGCCCUUUGAGGAGCCAUGGGCCACAGGGGACCAAUGAUGGUUGGGUUCUCCAACUCCAGUCAACUCUGGGCCUUUUGGCCCACUUCCCUGCUAAGAGAGAUGCUGGAGGCAUCUGGAGCAGCGUGGAGGGUGGGGCAGGAAAGGGGAUGUGCCUUUUGCACUGGCUGUUCCCAGUUAAUAUCAGCCCUUCCCUAAAAUCCACAGCACUCCUCCCUCCCCUCUAUCCCCUCCUGGUCUGCUCCGAUGUUACCUCAAUGAAAGUCUCCCCAGCAAAUACAAACCCCCAAACAGUACUAAAACUACAACCCUUGCCUGACCGUCUUUGGGGCAGGCAGAAUAAAGGCACAGUCUC